AUGGCCAAAGUCCCCCGUAACUUCCGCUUACUGGAGGAGCUCGAGAAGGGCGAGAAGGGUCUCGGCGCUGAGGCAUGCUCAUACGGUCUCGACGACGGCGAUGACCUCCUCAUGACCAACUGGAACGGCACCAUCCUCGGUCCUCCUCAUAGCGUGCACGAGAACCGUAUCUACAGUCUGAAGAUCCGCUGCGGCGAAAACUACCCCGACGUCCCUCCUGAGGUUACCUUCAUCUCAAAGGUCAACCUUCCUUGUGUGGAUCAGAGAAACGGCAGGGUCGACCUUUCCAAGCUUCCCAGCCUGAGCCAGUGGAAGCGUGACUUCACCAUGGAAACCAUCUUGAUCGAAAUCAGAAGAUUUAUGGCCGCGCCCGCACACAAGAAGCUGCCGCAGCCUCCGGAGGGCACCAACUUCUAG